AAUGGUCCUAAGAUUGUCCGCGUCAUUCCUUCCGCCACCAUUUUGGCUCAACAUUGUUUGGCUCCAGUUGGGCCUUCGCAGUCUAAAGAACACCUGCACACCCCGUGUACAUACUACAACUUCUGAUCGGCUCACCUGUCUCGCAGAUGGCCCGUCUCUUGUUGAUUGCCAGCCUCGUCGGGGCACGCGGCGCCGCGGGUCGGGGUGUGGCCCCCGCCGAGUCCAGCAUGAUGCAGUUCGGAGCAGCGGUGGACAGGGGCAACGCCUCGCAGCAGACACCGACACGUGCUUCAGCAACAAUGGCCAGGUUCGGAUUACGGCCCGUUUCGCAGAUUGCGACCCCAGUUGCCAGCCGAUGGGGCGUAUGUAUUUCACAAGGUGCCACACUGGCCAUAAAGGAGCAGACCCAGGCAAGGUUCGACAAUUGUGGUGAUCGACUAGGAAUGCCACGUUCUGUUUUGGAUGUGUGGGGUAAUGAGUGGUGAGCAUUGGUACAUUGGGUGAGGGUUGGGUGGCGAAUAUUGGAAUUACAGACAGAGACUUUGUGUGGGGUGUCGAUUCAGGGCAUCGCGCUGGACUACAUCCUCUUCGUGGACCUGGGCGCCCUCUUCCAGCGCUGGUUCUGCCGACCAGAACUCUACGGGCAGGCAGCCAGCCAGGCAACCCCAACGUCUGCUUCGACGCCUUUUCCGACGCCAGCUCCAACGGCAGUUCCGACGCCGGCUCCGACACCAGCUCCAGCGGCAACGCUCUCCAGCGCGGCGAGGUACGUCAAGCUCACGCGCCAGGCUGGCGACACGGUCGUCAAUGCUGCCGAGAUCGAGGUGUGUUCGGGCGGCGUGAACGUGGCGCUACAAGGAGGCGUGGACGUGCCUCCCACGGAUGGCAAUUCGUAGGGCCAGCCCCAUUUUGUGAACGACGGGGACCUGGACACCUACCACCAGACCACUUACGCCGGCCAUCUCGGUGGUAGCAUGUCCGAGAUAGUGCUGACGUCGCCGUCCUGCACAGCCGUAGGGAGCGUGUCGCUGAGGAUGCGUAUGCAACCCACAUGGUACCGCGGCGACGCCAUGCUGUUGGAGCCCAGAGGCGCCAGCUACCAGCCCGUCGAGUCGAUCUCGCCCCCGACCAUCACGCCAGGGAUGGGGUACCACUGGUCCACCACGACGUCGUGCGACGACAGCUGCGUCGCGUUGACCGGCACGCCAGCGGCCGCGCCAGGCCCGAUGCCCAGGUGCGGGCGGCGCCGACUCUGGGGUUUCCGCCGUAAGGCGGGCGAGCAUGUUAUGAUAAACAUCCCUCGCGACAGGUUCGCGUGCAGGCCGAUGCGCGCCGAUCGAGUGGACACUGCGCAGACAUGUACUUCCAGCGGAUCAGCGCGACGAGGUCUAGCGGGAGGGUAUCAUUACAGCGUCUUGCACGUGAGUCCAAGGCUCCAGGAUGGGUUGCUUUUGGUAAGGUCGAGCUGAAAGUCGUCCACGGCCGUCCGGACAGUGGCUUGCUUUAGUUGCCCUUGUACGUGAAGCAUGUGGGGCGGGAUUUGUAGUCGGUGGUCUGCUGGGCGAGCGUGAGCAUCCCCCCAGAAGCAUGUGUGCAGCGGUCGUCCAUUGUGGCAGGAACGCGGAGCGACGGGGGCCCAGAGGCGGCUUCAGUCGGAGCAGCAGCCCUCGCGAGAGGGAGCUCGUAUCCAUAAUUUCGAGGGCUGGCCCCAGCAGCGGCCAUUGUCAUCGGCGGCUCCGCAGGUUGGGCCGGCCAUCUCUGUGGGGACUAUGGGCGAGUUUUCACGCCAUCGUCUGCGUCGAGAAAGAGUCGCCCGAGACAUUCCAGG